AGUACAGUUGCAAAUGUCCAAGGAGCCGGAGACAUCUUUUUUUGGGACAAAUGUUGGACAUUCAACAUGAACCAACCUGGAUGUGGACUUUUGGGUUUUCUCAAUGGACGACAAUGUUACACGCGCAGCCUCUGCUGCCAGGCCCCAACCACAACAACCCCCACCCCCACCACCUCAGCAGUGCUUCGUAUGAACCAAUUUCAAGUGUUGGUUCUAGGUGUCGCUGCAGACUGCGCCUUCGGGCUGAGCUGCAGUGCGUGUCAAGGCCACUUUCAAAGCUCAUUGGUGGGCUCGUCAUGUGGUCCGCGCGCACGCCGACUCACGGCGCAGAUAUGUCAGCUUCCAGAGGACGGCCAAAAUGUCCUUCCCCACCAACUCCGCUGCGGCUAACCCCUUCCUAAUGGACGCUUUCGCGUACACGCCGCCCGCGUCUGACUACGUGAUGCAAACCUGUGGACUGCAGGUGCCGUCUUUGGCCAAAAGGGGCGAGCUGGGCCACCACGGCGGGGCCAUGAGCGUCCCCUCGUACUUCGCUCACCAGUGGGGCGAACCGGGCAGGGCGUGCAGACUGGCAGAGGCGCCCGUCAGUCCCAACUGUACGUACGCGCAGGGCAUCAAGGAGGAAGGCAACUGCUGCAUGUUCACCGAGAAACGCCUGCAAACAGUCAGCCAGCAGCCAGACGGCCCCCUCCACGCGUACUCCCCCCUUGCGGCCGAACCGAACCGAGCCGACGCCCCCGAGGUUCCAGUUCCGGGCUAUUUCAGACUCAGCCAAACGUACGCCGGCGCGAGGCAGCACUGCCCCCAGCAGCCGAGCCCGACGUUGAUGCAGCUGGACCGGGUCGGACCGCAACCGCAGCCCGCAACAAAGGACGCCCCGCCGCGCAGCCCCGUGGCCGCGGCGAGCCCGGCGGAGCGCUGCACAUCCAGUGUGGAGGAGGAGGAGGAGGAGGAGGAAGAAGAAGAAGAAGUAGAAGGAGAAGAGGAGGAGGAAGACAAGAGACAGUCGAGUCCCGAGCUGCUGGUGCCGCGGGAUGGCAAAGAUCACAAUCCCAACACCCAAAGCGGCAGCUGGUUGACAGCCAAGAGCGGCCGGAAGAAGCGCUGUCCUUACACCAAGCAUCAGACCUUAGAGCUGGAGAAGGAGUUCCUGUUCAACAUGUACCUGAGCCGAGAGCGCCGGCUAGAGAUCAGCAGGAGCGUCAACCUGAGCGACAGACAGGUCAAGAUCUGGUUCCAGAAUCGCCGGAUGAAGCUCAAGAAGAUGAACCGCGAAGGUCGAGUGCGGGAAUUGAACUGCAAUCUCACUUUCUCCUGAAGUGUCAUGUGGAUUCCCUGUAGUAGUAUUGAUGCAUCACGUUAGCACUACACAGGUGCCUUGAGAUAUGAGAUACGAUACACUCAAAUCAUCUUUUCCUAUUGAAAUGAAUAGAAAUGCCAUUAAUCUGUUCCAGAUUUUUUUCUUUGUUUUGAAUAAGAAAAAACAGCACUCUAUAAAAUUGUACUUUAAUAAAACAUUGUGUACACUCAUCAAUGAUAGACUACUUGGGGUUAAUUUUACUCAACUUGCUAAAUUGUUUCACACAAAACCACCCCCAAAUUCAUUUCGUAUGGACCAACUCAAACAUUUGGGUCAUUUUGGGUAAAAAAAAAAAAAAAAAACACAAAAAAACCCACAAUGUAGUGGAUCAGUCCAUUUAGAACAACAAAGCAUUAAAUGUUUUUUAAAAAUCAAAACUUCAUGCUAAAAUGCAAAUCAGCGCUUUUUGGUAUGCCCCCUCUGACCACCAGGAGGCAGCAUUGUAUAAGACAGACACAAACGAAGAAGAAUUGAUUUUUUUUUUCUACUACCACUCAGUAAGUUGCCAUAAUAUUCAAUACUUUUCGUAGAAUAUAUGUCUGUGAGUAUUGUGAUAUACGGUAUGUCUCGAGUGUUCUACCAUCCUUUGUAUUUCAACAUGCUUCAAGGUUUGUAAAACCAUGACUAUUGAUGCUCACUGUUAGCAUAUCGAUGGCAUUUUCUACUUAUGUUAGCAUUAAGCUAGUCGGGGGGUCGUUCCUAAGGCAUCAUAGUUUGCUUAUUUGAAAUACUAAGGAAAUUCUCUUAGUUUUAUGUUUAAUUGGACAGUAAACUUCAAUCGCAGUGGCAAAAACAGCUUGAAACCGCUUUUGUUUUUAAUGGUCGCUAUUUGCCAAACCGCUGCUUAUUGUGAAGUGAACUGAAUUGAGUUCAGGGCUUUUAUAUAAUAUUUGCACUCACGAGAGCCCCCCAAAAAAAAAUUGUAUCGGGAAUAACUCUUCAAGCAAGUCACUCGUAUCUCAAGGCACCUUCGUAUUAUCUUUACGACGUUCACUUUUGGUUUACUGUGGCAGUGGACGUUGCUUGGUGUUAUUUCUCACACGAUUUGGGUCCUACAUUACUGGCCAUUCAACGGUCACUUUAUUAGGCACACUCACACAAUCUUAUGCAGCGUUUCACAACUUGUAUUGAGCACAUAGGCACAUACUUAUUUUACAUUCGAAAAAAAAAACUGACAAAAAUCUCAGAAAAAGGUGUCACUAUACGUCACUGGCAUAGAUAGAUACAUUAAUUGUAUUAUUAAUUGUCAUUUUUGGGACCAACAAAGUAAAACGGGAUCAUUCUGAACACCACUUCAAAAAUAACCAUACUAUAGUGAUUGAAGUAGUGUCCAAUUACACUGUAUCAUACUCAGAGUUGUUUGUAAUAUUGUUUUGUGUGGAGUCCCUAGUAAAGUGGUCAGUGUGAUGUAGAUUUCUGCAGAUAGGUGCCCACUGUCCGUGUAUUUCUGUGUAUGGUCGUGUUUGUGUGUGAAGCAUGAGCUCAGCACAAAAUGUGUUCCCACUGGCCUAUAAAUGGGCUCAAAAACAAGGUUCAUGUAUGCUUUAUAUGUGUUGCAUGUGUGUGGCAUGUACAAUCUCUUGCAAUAAAAUGAUCAACACUG